CGUCCCGCGUCCGCGCACCGCGGCGUUGAAUCUUUAGCCGGCGAGAUCGAUACAUUCUUUUUUUUCUACAAUACAUAGCCCGACCACGCAAGUUUUAGUGAACAAUCGAUUAUAAAGAACCCAUCCGUGUUAUUCGAAUAUGACUUAGUGAUAUUGUCUGUGAAAGAUAUUAAAGUGAUAGUUUUUUUUUGCAUCGCAACUUUUGCAUUCAAGCCCUGUGUUAUUAAAGUUUGGUACGGGUGAAAUUGGUACCGGUAUUGGUCUUGUGGUAUCAGAUACCAAUUGGUUCAGUCAAGUUCAUUGUCGUGGUUAUCUUGAUUCAAAAACUGAUGACCGUGUAGGUGCGCGCAUUAUGCGCGGUGUCACGUGAUCAAUGGCGACCGCGCGCCCGCGUUCCCCCCAAGAUGGCGUCCGAAGACGACGCGACUUCUCCAGGUCCCCUGUCGCCGUACGUGACGCUGGGCGCGGUGCGUUACACCGUUCGCCGCGCCCCGCCACCGCGAGCCUGCCCUUGCCGCUGCUGUUCCGAGGAGGCGGUGGCGGCGUGCCUCGGACGCGCCAAGCCGGACCGCCGCACGCUGGAGCGCUUCCAGCGCCGCCUGGGCCGCGGCGCGCGCGACGAGCGGCCCUCGCGCCACCAGCGCUUGCGGGACCUCACGGAGCGCCUUUUGCCGCGUUCACACACUGCUCCCACCCCACCGCCACCGCCACCACCGCCACCUCCGCCGCCUCAUUCAGCGCCCGUGUUGCCACCGGUACCACCGCCACGGUCUCGCCACCGCCACAGCCCAUCUCGUGGCGUAUCCGUUGAUCGUUAUGAUGACUUUGAUACCGACAAAAUUACCUUAGUACGCGUAGAGCCACGUUCAAUCGUUGGAUCUUAUGCGCAAAAGACUAUACCAUACCGUAGUGCGUCUUUUUCGCAAGGUGACUUCGCGCAGGAUAAGUAUUACCGGGGAAAGCAACCAUCCAUUUUCGAUUUUGGAAAACGUACCAAACGAAAAGAAGAAAACGAAUCUGUUUCCGGUCGUGAUGAGACAACAAGUGUCGCUGAGGAAAAUGUGACGGAGGGUGGGUCGGUCGCAUCUGUAGAUUCUGCAGUCGGUUCGGAUGAAGGAUUGAUUGUGCAUGCAUCGCCAGCUCCACGUUCUGCACCGCCAGAUGCACUUCAUAAGCAACUUGGUGCUCGAUCUUUAACGCAUCCUCUCCCGCGUCGCGUACCUCCAGUGCGGGAGGAGGGACCGGCCGAAGCCGGUGGUAGCCUACCGGCGUUAAUGGCUCCACGUGUUUUACAUGAACUACGUGAAGAAAGUGACGGUUCCCAAGCUGAUAGUGCGCAGGCGCAUAGUGAAGGCACGUCACCCCUUGAACCCACCCAACCUUUUGCGUUCCCACCUCUUCCUGCUCCUCCAGGUAACAUUUGUGCGAACGUCGACUGUGAAUGUGUUAAUAUUCCUCAUCGUAAAGAAUCUGCUAGUGAAAUUGACAAUUCGGUACCGAUACCUGUACCUGUAUAUGAGUGUAUAGUGAAACAGUGGUCAAAGGAAUUGCCAUCAGACGAAGCUCAGCGCUCAGAUGGUGCAUCGGAUGGUUCUUUGGAUCGAGACAAAGAAGAUGAAACAAUAACCAGUGAACAGGUUGCAAAUUUAUUAGCAGCUGUACAAAAUCCAUGCACAGCGGCUCCUAUCGGUGCAAGAGAGAGACGUAGGCCUCUAGAUAAAACUAAAAGAAGAAAAGGUAUCUAUAUUACAACUGCAAGUGAUGACGGUGGUGAAGAAGAUCCUCCGUCUUCUGUAAACGGGUGUAAACGUGAAAGUAGUGACGUUUCUCUUUCAGACAUGCGUUUAUCAGCAGAGGCAAGAACAUCUUCUUUACUCGGAGAAAAAUCCGAUGAUUCAUGUACAAAUGGACCCCCGAGUCCAUGUGAAGGAUCAACGCCAAUGUGGCCCAAAUCAGAAGAAUUAAGGGCUAGGCGUGCUCGGUUUUCUCAACAAAGCUCCGAUGAAAGAGAUGAGGAUACUUUUCGAGUAAGACGAAAAUAUGGGGUUACAUCUCGUGGAGACUCCCCGUCGGAAGCAGAAAGCGAUUCUUGUUCUCGGGAUAGAACGGCUUCGCCUUCUCCUUUUAGUCCUUCGGAUACUUCCGAUGUAGAAGUAAAACGACAUCAAUUCACAAGAGGCCCUUUUGGAAAGAAUUUAGAGGCUCCUUCAAGUCGAUCUGUUGAAGUAGGUCGCAGAAGUUUCUCAGAUGCAACUGUACCAUGUCGAAAAAUUAGCGCUGGUGCAGUACCUACCGGUACGAGAACAAAAGGGCCUACACAUGUCAGGGCUACAUCUUCGCCUUCGAAACUUGCGGGCGUUAAACCAGGCACGGAUUUGUUGGCCGAACUUCUCCGUGGCAGUUCUGAGGCGCUGUCUAAUUCUUCGACUUUCGACAACGUGAUCUUGACUCUGCAUCAGCAUAACGACACACGGACUCACGUGGUGGUCGAACUGUACGAGACUGAAAAGUCUUACGUAGAAGCGUUGGAGAUUUUAGUCAAGAAAUACCUACAACCACUUAAGAGUCCAGAGAAUGCUGGUCUCCUCGAUGCGUUUGUGGUGGACGAAAUAUUUUACCAAGUACCGGCGAUACUGAACGUUCACCAAGUUUUCCUCGAGCAGUUGAGGCGGAGGCUGGAACAAUGGGAUCUGCAGCAGAAAGUUGGCGACGUUUUCUUAGAUGUGUUUACCAAACCCACCGUAAUGGACACUUACAUGUCCUUCAUCAACAAUUUAAAGAAAGCGAAAGAAACUAUAAAGAAUGCAGCAGCUUCGAGGCCAGCGUUUGCGAAAUUCCUGGACGCUAUGGCAAGGGACCAUAAAGGCAAACUAUCGCUGGACAAUCUUCUUAUAAAACCAGUUCAGAAGUUCCCGAGUUACAAGCUCUUAAUACAAAGGCUGAUAAAACAUACAGAUCAAUCACAUCCCGACCACAAAUUGCUCCUCGAAGCUCAAAAAGAGAUCCACGAUCUCUUAGAGCUGAUAAACUGCACAGAGAGAGAAAGCUUAGAGUUGGAACAACAGCAGCAAACUCUCAGAGAACUCGAGCAAAUGAUUGAAGGUCUAUCAAACUUGGUGACAGCUGAUAGGACGUUUAUAAGACAUGAAAUGGUCACGAUGCCGUCAGCGCAAGGAACAAUUAAAGACAGAGCGCUGUUCCUAUUCAACGAUACGCUACUGAUAACCAGCGUUAAAAGAAGGACUGGCACUAUAAAGAAACCCAUUCCAACAUAUCAAAGUAGUAUUGCUAGUCAGAUGGAAGGGAACAAGUAUAAACUUCUAAUGAGGAUAUCGUUGGCUGAUGUUGAAAUCGUUAAAGCAAAAGACGAAAACAUAAGACGAAUAAUGCAUGAAGUAGAAACACUUACAGAAGAUGUGAAUACAUUAACACAAAUAUCGGAGCAUGUGGCAGCGCUGCACACGCAGCACUCCCAGCUAGAGGAGCUCGUGAGGGAAAUGCUGCAUACCGUCAACCGGCAGCUGUCUGAGAGGCAGAACAGCGACACGCAGCUCUGUUACAUGGAGAUGAGUGUCAGUACAUCGAGCGGACCAGAAAACCUCACUAUCAUUUUUUCCAAAACUGAGAAGAGGAGUAAUUGGGAGGAAUUAAUAAAUGAUACCAAACAGAAGCUAUGUGUAUAUGGUCAAGAAAGACCAGCCCCUGAAUUCCUAUCCCCAGUUCCAAUACGUAAAACUCGAGCUGGUCUGCAAUUCACGUGUGCGGCUCCCACUCUCCCACCGAAAGGACAGUCACCUGACGUAUGGGUGUGCAACAGCGACGGCUACGUGGGGCAGGUGUGCGUGCUGACGCUGUCGCCGCGGCCGCAGGUGACGUCGUGCAACGGCGUGUGCAACGCGCGCAUCCUGUGCGUCGCCUGCGUGCCGCCCGCGCCGCAGCGCUCGCUCGACAUACCAAGUACAAGUUCCUUAAAUAGUUCAGGAUCCACUAAGCCCGGCAUUAGCAUUUCGGAUCCAGAUGAGAGCUGCAAGAAUAUACGACUAGACAGUUCAUCAUCAAGUGAUGAUGAAGACGACGGUUCAUCGACCAGCGAAAACCAGGACGCUCAGUCCGAGAGGAGCCAGGAAUCAGCUAGCCUCCGUCUCCACAACUUGACCCUCGGGAACCAUCGGACUCUCACUCCUAACCAUAGCAAGAGCCUCAGCACUCCUCACACCGGACAGAACAUACCAGUACACCCCGUGAUGAAGUCCAGCUCCAAUCCAGCGGUUGAUAAACAAGCAAUGGGGAUAACCUCUGGUACUCUGUCAUCACCAGCCAGUAGACAGUCAUCCGAAGACAGCACCACAACAGCCAACCAGCCGACGAUGUGGCUCGGUACUGAGGACGGCUGUAUACACGUCUAUAAUUGCUUAGACAAUAUACGAAUCAAGAAGAACAAAGUGAAACUACAACACAAUUCUGGAGUGCAUUCCAUUGUUUUCGUGGAGGGAAAAGUAUUUGUGGCGCUUGGAAACGGUGAUCUGGUUGUCUAUUGCAGAGAUAUCGAUGGGUCGUGGUCGGAGCGCUGCACCAUCCCGGUGGGCAGCGGCAACACCCCCGUGAGCAGCAUGCUGCUGUCGGAGAGCCGGCUGUGGUGCGCCACGCACUCUUCCAUCAAGAUUAUAAACCCGCAUACCUUGCAGGUGGACGAAACAUUCCAAAUAAGUUCAGAAACGAAGCCGAUAAGCCACAUGGCGGUGGCCGGGGGCUCGAUCUGGCUCUCUCUGCACAACGCGGCCCAGCUGCGCUGCUACAACGCGAGCAGCCGGGAGCAGCUCGCAGAGAUCAACAUCACGCCGCACGUCACCAAGAUGCUGCACGGCUGCGACGACAUCAUCCGGCAGCACAAGGCGGCGUGCCUGCGCGUGACGGCGCUGCUGGCGCACCGCGACACGCUGUGGGUGGGCACGAGCGCCGGCGUGCUGCUCACGGCGCCGCUGCACAACGCGCCCAACCGGCGCACCGGCGCCUUCGCCGUGCCGCCGCUGGCCGGUAUUACAUAUGGCCACACUGGUCAUGUACGAUUUCUGACAAUAGUCGAAAAUCCAGCGGCACAGAAACCUGCGACGAAGCCGACCCAGAGCUUGAAGUCGAAAGCUUUGAGUCGGCGCUCCACAAACGCCGAGAAACUGCAAAAGCAGACGGAAACCACGCAGAAUAAUAAGGAGACUUUAAUCAUCUCUGGCGGAGAUGGUUAUGAAGACUUCAGAAGUUCAUCCAUGACAGAGGACGCAGGGAGGGAAGAUUCGACAAAUCAUCUACUUCUUUGGCGAGUAUGAACAAAUAUUUCGGCCUACAGGGUUACAGAAAAAUCCCGAAACGCAAAGUUUCGAAAAAGGACAAACGAAUGUUCCAGAAUAUACAUGUGACAAUUUCGUACACUGCUUAAUAAACUAUUCGAUAGCAAUUAAUCGUUGGAGAGCCUAAUUUUAUCACAAGUUUUUGUUAAUUAAUAAAUGUUCCAGCUUUUUAAAACAAAUGUUAAUAUGAAUUAAAUUUUUAAAUUUAAGGUAUUUCGAUUGUUUUGCGCCUUUAUGGCAUAUAGAAUUCUGUGUUGAGAUUAUUAAUGAUUAAGUAAGACAUGAAAUGUCAAAUUUUAUCAGAGAUGAAAAAUUAUGUGUCAAUAUAAAAUUUAUAACAUCUUGCAGUAUUAUUUAGAGUUUCAUAAUUAAGAUAAUCGAUCACUAACGUACUUUUAAGUACGUAAUCGACGAUAUAUCACAAGAAUAUAUUUUAGAAAAAUUUACGUGUACCUAUUUAAUCAUAUCAAUAGAAUGUGUUGAAUGUCCGUAACUGUUUCGCUAUUUAAAUAAUUGUCGAUCUUAAAUAGAUAAAUGAUCAAUGUGUACCUAAUGAAUUAAAUAAAUAUAUGUUCAUAAAAAUAAUUCACUUAUAACGUGUUACCGAGGAGAACUUAUAAUAAAACAUGCUUGUGUAAAAUCACAAUAUUCAAUAUAAUUGUUAUUAGUAGGUAUCUUAAUAGUUCUAAUGAAGUAAAUGUACCUUUAUCUUAAAGUGGAUAAUGCGAAGCUUAUACAGAAAUUAAAAUUAUUGCUCAAAUGAAAUUAUUUUAUGUUACCUACCCAUUGUCGAAAUGAGAGCAAGAUUUGUAACUAUUUUAUUAUGUGGCUGAUGUAGGUAAAAACGUUACUGCAGAUAAAUAAAUGCAAAUCGCACUUA